UCUAACAAACUUUGUCGAUUUCUGGUUGCGUAUGAUACGACUCAGCCCGCAUCACGGCAGCCCGCCUCAUUGUCAUGCACGCUCUGAAGCCUGCAAAACAAUCCCUAUCGAAACAGCACGUGGUGUGAUAUGCUGUGAGUCAAUGCGGGGCGGCCAUAGUCAAAGCACGGCCAAAGCACACACACCUGCGGCAUGUUAAAGCGCCGCACAGCAACUCUCCUUCUUCUUCCUACUUAAGCCCACCCACUUCGUCUUAUUGUUCUCUGCGACACCCCCCGAAUCAGUCUCCUCUCCCAUGUUGCACAACAUCUCUGACAUCAUAGCGAAUGAUCAUUCGAGCUCCGGCGUGGACAUGGCACCGGAUGAUGACGUCUCCUGGACCGCGGGGUAAGCUUCCCUCGAAUGUUCCGCAGCGUAUGGGACUGACCGCUAUCCUUCCUAGGUCGGAUUAUGAACCAGAUUCGAGUGAAGACUACGACUUUGAAGACGACCUUAUUGUUUGUGAUCGAGUUCCAGCUCUUUCCAGCAGCAGCAAUGCUUGUUCUCUUCCGCAAUCGAUACAGUCGCUUGCCUCUUCUUCCCGUCCCCAAGAGAAUCUUACUCGGAGCCAGGACGAUCAGGACCUGAGUCCUACGAAUGUCACCGCGUCUUCCGGGUCCUCUGGCCUCGCCGCUGGUUCCUCUGGCCCUUCGGCAUCCGGAGAGACUUCCCAACCGCAAAUGUCCUAUGCUAGUCCCUCCGCAUCGAUUUCUAGCGCCAGUUUGCCCUCGGCACCUGUGACCACCUCCCAUCGAACAACCUCCACAAAUGCGACUGCACCACCGACCAUCCCCCCAGUUACAAACCCAAGUGCAUCUGCCGCACCUGUGCAGCUUCCAUCUGCCGGCGCACCACCGCCACAGCUACCGCCGCCCAUCCACGUCAACGUCAACGUCUUCUUGACCCUGCAAGUCACCGCACAUCCCCUGAUGCCGACUCUUCCCCCCGCGGCCCCGAUCCACCUCCUUCCCGUGCAACACGGGUUUACCUUCCUUGGCAAUGGUGGGAAUGCACCCUGGCCUUGGCCACCGCUGGCCCUGUGGCACGCUUUCGGACUAGCAGCUGGGUCUGGAGUCUCAGCACGUGAUACUGCCCAGCCCGCAGCUCGGGAUGGGAGGCCAGAGACCAGCCCGGUCCGUGCGGCGCCUUCGGUGAUGGUCGGGUUGAGAGAGCUUGGCAGCAUCUUGUUGCCACUUGCUGCGUUGAGAAGCUCGAAGAGGAAGAGAGAUGAAGAUGAGGGAGAUUCGGGACAGAAGAGAAGUAAACGAAAGAUUGAAUGAGCAGCUUGAUGUUCUGUUCUGUUUUCGAUUUCAAGUACAUGUGACCGAUUUGUUACCUGCGACGAUGUACUUUCGAGAUCCCUUCCCGCCAGCAUAACACAGGCCUAGUUAAUUUCUUUAUUUCAAUAGCUUGUUCUACGCUUCCGGAUUUUCCCGGACACGUCUCCUUUCCUAGUUUUGAAUGACUCAGAGUGGAAAUAUACGUUAAUGUGCUGCCGUCUCC